AUGGCAAAGACGUUGGCUCAAGGGAGAAAACCUGGCAGCGGUAGGAAGCCGGGCAAAGGUAAAACGCUGAGGGAAGGAAGAAAACCAGGCAGUGGUAGAAGGCGGAGAGUUGACGAGGAAGCUACAAAAAUUCAGAGCAGUGAAUUGCAUGGCAUUGAGAUCUCAAAUGAAUGUAUUCUGGGAAGUUUGCAAAGGAACAUUAAUAACGAAUUGUCUACGAGGGACAUGGAGGCUGUGGAUGCCCUUCGAGGACUUAAUACGAGUCCGUCACAACAGCACCAACAGCUUUUGACGCCUGAGUCGACUGCAACACAAUUCAAGUCGAUGCUCAGUGGUAUGGAAAGUACUCGUCCUUCCCAGGAUUUCAUAGACCUAAACAGAAAUUUGAGUUUUACAAACGGCUUUUUGUAUGCCAAGAGCGAUAUGAAACCGGAUGACAACCAUCUCAUGGAAUCGAACGUGUUGACGGGUUUGACGAAUACAUCCGUACCGGUGGGUGUGCCGGUUGCAAUUUCGCAUUCGCAAGAAACCAAGAGUCAUGAGCGUAGCAGCAACGCCAAUCAAAACAUAAACCAAACCAAUGGGGAAAAAGUGCUUAUCUUAACGUAA